AUGGACCCGCGGCAGCCAUCGCAACACCCGUUUUCGCGGAACGGUGCCUCGCCGUUCAGCAGGCCGUCCUUUGGGCCUGCUUCCGCUUCGGGUCCGCCUCCGCCUCCGCCGACCUCGCAGUCGCCCUACCCGCCCGGCCCAUCGCACCCUCCGGCCAACGCCGCUCCGUACUCCGACAUGCACUCGCGCAAGCCGUCCGAUCCGCCGCCGUACUACCCACCUUCCCGACAAUACCCCCCCGAGCACGGGCCGAGCGCCAUGGCAACCUCGACACAUUCUCGCCAUCAGAGCGCGUCGUCAAUCACAUCCGGGCCCCCCAUUGCUCGCGCCAUGCCUCCCCCCAACUCACCGCCCCAGCCGCAACAGCACCAGAGUCAGGGACCCAGUGCCCAUCAGCUCGGCCCACCCUAUGGCCUGCCACAGCCUCGGCCGCCGCCCCCGGCCGCGCCUCAAUACCAUCCGGGGCCAUCUUCCGGUGCCCCGGGCCCGCCGUACAGCCAGUCCUUACACGCGUCACCUCGGACGCAAGCGACAACUACGUCCGAGUACGCUGCCUACCGGCGACCCCAGACUCCCGAACAUCGCAGGUCGUACGAAAGCCGAGACCCGAGAGCGUCUGCCGUUGCAUCGCCUCCCCCAUACCAUUCAACCCCUGAAGUGCCGCGGUACGGGACUCCACAGACGUAUCCGCAGAGAGCUCCCCCUCCCCCGUUGCCCACCGCAGAACAAGGGCGGGAGCCUGCUCGCAUGCCUGGCAGCACGGUGCCUCCCAGGCCGAUUAGCCCGCCGAGGGCCUACUCAAACGUCGGCCCGCCGCGACCGGCCGAACCGGGCAGGGCGCCAAGUGAGAUGUACGUGCACAGGGAGGAGCUGCGGCCAUCGGAAGAAUAUAAUCCGGAGCGCCCCAUCAGGGCGGUCAAGUAUGAGGAGCAGAGGUACAUUUCGGACCGAGAGCGGCAGGACCGGGAACGGCAGGACCGGGAAAUGGAGCUUCGAGCCAUGGGCGGGGGCGAGCCGCCUCGAGCCCCGGGGAUCCCUCAACCCGAGUACGCGCGACAAGCGGAACAACGGGCGCAUCAGUACGGCCGCCCUCCGGACCCUAGAGACCAGGGCCACUGGCCGAGACCCGGCUAUGAGCCGGCACGGGCACCCUACGACCCCGCCAUGCACCCUCCGAGACAUCAAGACUACCCGCCGAGCACAGCAUCCCACUACAACGGGCCGCAUCUCUAUCCCUCGGGGCCGGCCGAUCGCCAUCACGCGCCUCCGCAUUCUCACCACCAACCGAGCCUCCCUCCCCCGGGUCCAGCACACGCGCAACCCUAUGACUCCCCGGAUCGGCAGCGUGCCAGCGCAAUGCACGUGGAUCGCCACCUUCCGCAGCACCCUCAACGUAGCCAGGAAGAGGCUGCCGUACCUCCCCCGUCCGUUGCAUACGGUGGUGCGGCAUCUUCAACGUACGAACCGUCGCGCAACCGAAGUGUCGAGGAGGUCGGCACUCCGCAUGGUCACCAGCGAAAUCUACUGGGAAUCCAGGAGAUCAACCGCAAGGGGCGCAUUUCUCCUCUGCCGCAGGCCGUACAAGGGGCCCAGCCCCAGCUGGCGGGCCCCGCCUCUGAGCCGGGGAUCAAGAGCGAGUUUGGGCGCAUGUUCUCCGGCAUAGGAACCGGUGUCGGCAACCUCUCAAGCCCCGUUCCUGCGGGCGCCCAGCUUGCGUAUGGUCCGGCAGGCGCGCUUCGCCGUGAGGACUUGGAUGGCGGCCCUCCCGAGCUACCGGUCGAAGUUGUGAAGGCGACGGCUCGCGGCAAGCGGAGGAAGUUGAAAGAGGAGGACGAAGAGGGUAGUACCGGCAGGCAAACGCCUGUGGGGAGUCGGGUGAAAAAGGCCAAGUCACAUGCGCACCACCAUCAUCAUCACCAUCAUCACCACCAUCAUCACAAUAUGGAGCCGGUUGCAUCGCCCGCCCUUGCCGGAAAUGCUCAGUUUAGGAACGAUGUUCCGGCCGAACACCAACAUCACCAUCAGCAUCUUCCGGCCCCUCGCCCGGGUCCGUCGAAUGCCAGACCCGCCCCGCCACCUCGGAGCCCGUCUCCUGUUGUUCUUCCCAAACCGAAACAAAUCGUCACCUCGAAGGCUGUCCUGGACAGCGUGGCGGACCGCCCGCGCACCCAUCUAGGCGAUGUCGUGUACGAGCCGAUUCUCAAACGGGCAAGACUGCAGGAUCCGCGGACCGGACGGCCGCCGCGUAGUGGGUACAAGUCGACGCCGAAGCCGCUGCCAUGGGACCUGAUCGAGGGCAAAGAGAACUGCACGUUGACAAUGAAGAUCGGCAAGGAGCACCUCACGCCUGCCGCGCGAGAGGAGAUCACGUCGAGGCGGGCACUCUGGGGCACAGACGUGUACACCGACGACUCGGACGUGAUCGCCGCGUGCAUCCACGCCGGCUGGAUCAGGGGCGAGUGGCCCGAGGACGUGGACGUGAGCAUGCUGGGCCUCGACGAGGGCUACAGCGUGUCCGAUAUGCCACAGCUGCUGAAUGCGCGCGGAAGUGGCGCCAAGGACUCAAAACCCGGCACGUCCCAACCUUCCCAGUCGUCCUUGAUGGUCUUGACCGAACCGCCGAAGAGCGGCCCGAUGCAGGUCCCGGCGAACCGCGACCUGCACGUCACGCUGCUCAUCCUCCCGCGCCUGGAGAAAUACGCUUCGACCACCCGCUUCGGCAUCAAGUCCCGUGAGUUCGGCGGUGUUGUCGGCGGCGAGGCUGGAGAACCACGGCAUCGCGCCGUCCACGACGGCAUCAGCUUUAUGGUGAUUGGUCUGCGGUGGGUCACCAACGGAGCCGCGCUGCAGGGGCGCCUCCGAGGCAAAGCGAGACGUGAACGCAUGCGUAAGGUACUGGCGGAAAUCGAGAAGACGCCGGCGUGGAUCAGCAGCCAGCCGACGGGGGCGAGCGGCGGCGAGAACGACAAUUCGAUGGGCUGGUGGAAGCAGAGCAUCAGCAAGCCGCCGAGCGAGGGCGACAAGGAAAACCAGAACCGGCGGGGGCCGGCGGGCGACCGGCCGCAACAUCAGCAGGAGCAGCAGGAACAACAGGAACAGCAGAAGGUUGAGGCUCACAACCGUGAAGCUCAGGACGGCCAUCAAGGGGCAAACGCACCAACGGAGGGCGGGGCCGAGGCUCGCAAGGCGGGAGAUUCCACCGUCGAAAAGGACCCUCGCCAGGGAGCACAGGGAGACGAUGGUAAUGCCCAGAACGAGCCGGAUGCGACCCCGGCUGAGAAGGGUGCAGCCGAGAAGGGCGAAGUUGAGAAGGUUGAGGCGAAGAACGUGGAGGCGGAGAAAGAGGCCGGCACCGGUCAACCGGAGUAG